GGAAGUGCAACUGGAACUUGUUCGGGGCGCGGAUCCGGAGAGGGAAAGUCGUAACAACCGCACGAGGGAGUUCGGCUGGCGAGCUGGAAGGCCACGCCUCCUCCCGCCUCCCCCCACAGCCCUGUAGCUGGGGGCAGAGCUCAGACUGUCUUCUGAAGAUUGAUGUCUAUUUCCUUGAGGUCUUUAAUUUUGUUGCCAAUUUGGAUAAGCAUGGCACACAUCCAGCAGGGAGGUCCAGAUGAAAAAGAAAAGACAACAGCCCUGAAAGAUUUAUUAUCUAGGAUAGAUUUGGAUGAACUAAUGAAAAAAGAUGAACCACCUCUUGAUUUUCCUGAUACACUGGAAGGAUUUGAAUAUGCUUUUAAUGAAAAGGGGCAGUUAAGGCACAUAAAAACCGGGGAGCCAUUUGUUUUUAACUACCGGGAAGACUUGCACAGAUGGAACCAGAAAAGAUAUGAAGCUCUUGGAGAGAUCAUCACGAAGUAUGUAUACGAGCUCCUGGAAAAGGACUGUAAUUUGAAAAAAAUAUCUAUUCCAGUAGAUGCCACUGAGAGUGAACCAAAGAGUUUUAUCUUUAUGAGUGAGGAUGCUUUGACAAAUCCACAGAAACUGAUGGUUUUAAUUCAUGGUAGUGGUGUUGUGAGGGCAGGUCAGUGGGCUAGAAGGCUUAUUAUAAAUGAAGAUCUGGACAGUGGCACACAGAUACCUUUUAUUAAGAGAGCUAUGGAUGAGGCCAGUGCCACAAUAACAUAUAUACAAAUAUCUCAAGAGAAUAAUCCAAGCCAAAUAAUAGAAGGAUAUGGAGUAAUAGUACUGAAUCCCAAUGAAAACUAUAUCGAAGUAGAAAAGCCGAAGAUACAUGUACAGUCAUCUUCUGAUAGUUCAGAUGAACCAGCAGAAAAACGGGAAAGAAAAGAUAAAGUCUCUAAAGAAACAAAGAAGCGACGUGAUUUCUACGAGAAGUAUCGUAACCCCCAAAGGGAAAAAGAAAUGAUGCAGUUGUAUAUCAGAGAAAAUGGUUCUCCUGAAGAACAUGCAGUCUAUGUGUGGGACCAUUUCAUAGCCCAAUCUGCAGCUGAGAAUGUAUUUUUUGUUGCUCAUAGCUAUGGAGGACUUGCUUUUGUUGAACUGAUGAUUCAACGAGAAGCAGAUGUGAAAAGUAAGGUGACUGCUGUGGCGUUGACAGACUCUGUUCACAAUGUGUGGCAUCAAGAAGCUGGCAAAACGAUUCGAGAAUGGAUGAGAGAGAACUGUUGUAAUUGGGUCUCUAGCUCAGAACCGUUAGACACAUCAGUGGAGUCCAUGCUGCCUGACUGUCCCCGAGUCUCAGCAGGCACCGACCGUCACGAGCUAACUUCCUGGAAGAGCUUCCCGUCUAUUUUCAAGUUCUUUACCGAAGCCUCUGAGGCAAAGACCAGUUCCCUGAAGCCGACUCUGACGCGGCGCUCCCACCGAAUAAAGCACGAAGAGCUGUAAGAGGAGAGCGAGCGAGACGGGGGAGGGGAAGCCGAGGACGCACACUCGAGCAUAUGCAUCCACACGUCUCCCCACCGCCUGUUGUCGGCGAGCAGACUCCCAGCCCCUCAUUAGAUUGUUUUCUUCCUAGAGCACAGGGUCGUGAUAUAUACAUCUAAAUAGCGUUUUGCAUUAUUUCUAGAUGAGUGCAACUGUCAAAGCAGUAUGGGUUCACUGGUCGUGCUUCCUGCGGGCUGUGCUUGGGCUUCGCGCUGCCCGUCAGCGCGCAGAUUAAGGCCGACAGCGCCCUGCCCGGCGCGGCCGGCGCGCCUCUAAUUGCCCUGAUGGAGCCAGCGCCGGUGCUACGGGGCGAGGGGCGUCUGCGCGGUCCUACCGCCCGCAGCCACGUAGCCGCAGCUCCGCUCCUCUCCUCUCCCCCGGCCCCCCUUCCCCCUGAAUCAUAUCCAUUUUUUUUCUCCCCCGAACCGAACCGAAGGAAACUUUUAUUCUAGACUUAAAACUCCUGUUUUAAAAAGUUUUUUCCGUAAGGGCGUCUAUGUCUUUUUUUUUUUUUAAGGAAGUCUCCCCCCUCCCAAGCCAAAUUUAAAUUCAUAACGUGAAUUCCGUGAUGUACUGUGUAGUUCGGGGAGGGCAAAUUGUUCACUCCCUAACGAUCUAUUUUCAUUUCGAGACCAGAAGAAAAACUGCAUUAGAAAAAUCUAUAAAGUACCCAAUCCACGUUAUCGCUGGAAACCUUGCCAACUGAAUACGAGAUUUUACACAAGUCUCUAAUUUCAGAAGAGAUUGUUUAAACCAAAACAUAAUGAUGAGCAAAUUUUUAAGUACAUGUGGGAAAGGUUUCAUUUUCAAGGGAGUUUCCAACUUUAUCAUUAGAAUUUACUUUUUUAAAUAUAUAAUGUGUGUUGGGUAGCACUGUAAUUUAGAUAGCAUACUUAAGUUUUGUUUAAAUCUUAAUGUGGAGGAAGUUUGUUGUUGUUAAUCCUAAGUAGAGUGGUCUAUUUUGAGCUUUCAUAGAGUUAGACCUUUUUAGGGAGAGUAUUUUUUAUCGUCGUAAGGAAAAGGAAUCUGUGCGCUUGAACCUUUUCCUUCUGAAAGGCUUAGUGGGGCUAAAAUGAUUCUUUUAGUUUUCUGCUUCAACAGAAAGGGAAAGACCUGGUGUGAAAGACUUUUCUCCUCUCAAUCCAAUGGUAUAAUUCGUAGUAGUCCACCUCCUCUGUAAGGUUUUGCCUUACAGUUUCCAACAAUUAAGUAUUUUAAUCCAGCUAGGAUCUGGCCAACUCUGUGAAAUAUGAGGUAAAAUAAGUUAAGGUUUUGCUGACUUUUAAAUUCACAUGUUAAAUCUUAACAUUAUUACUUUUUUAAUUACUUGUAGAAUUUAAUUACCUAGUGAAGAUUCUGUUUCUAAUAAGUGAGGAUCUGAAUUUAGUAUUUUUUUUCAUCCUUUUUUAAAAUAUACGCAACAAUAUGCCUGCCUUACUUGAGGACACGACAAAAUGUACCCAAAAUAACUUAGAACUGUUUCACUCCUCAGAAAAAUAACUUAAAAUAACCACCUCACGGAUAAAAUGUUUUUAUACUAGGAACCGAUUUCAGCAAGUUUUAAAACUGGUAGUAUCUGUGUUUGGUACACAAGUGCAUUAAUUAGUUCUCAUAAUUUCAAUGAUGGUAAAUUAAGGUGAUCUUUCUUUCAGUAAUCUUAUAUGCAUAUCUUUCGAUGUUAUUUUAGCAGGAACAACAUAGGACGAAAAAGCAAAAUGUCAUUUUAUCCAAUUCCUUGGGUGGCUUAAAACGUGUAACCCCAGCAAUGUCGAGCAUGUUGCUCUGCAAUCUUUUCUGUUUUAGAAGUAAUAGUGAACUGUGUAAAAUAAUGGUACCUUCCACGGAGAGGAUUUGAGAAUUGAUGUGGAUUGAAUAUAUUUUUCCAAGUGUUAUAAAUUGUGUGCUGUUUUCAGAAUAUUAAAAUGUUCACAAGAAA